GAACGUCUAACACAAGUGCCACCGUCUGAGAUCCAAAGAAUCCCAGAUAUUUGUAUUUCAUUUCCACUGGGAGACUAAAACACAUUGGUCAUGAAUGUUUUAAGUUAAACAAACAAUAUCACUACGCCCACGGGGACAGUGACCUCACGUCCUGAUGCCGUGCAGUGACGGGCUGUUUCCGAAGGUCCCCAUCGUUGUGUGAACACCGACCUUACAAGCAAGUCUCCUUGAUCCAUCAUGAAAAUUCUUGCAUUCCUCCUUGCGAUACAACUGACAGGCACCGUCGCACCGCCUAAAUUGAAAACAACGUCGGUGAAAAAAGGGGAAAAGUUUGCAAAUACGUGCUCACUGGAUGCAGACGAGGGAGUUUAUUGGUUCCAACAGCCCAGGAAUUCCGGCCCGAAGUUUUUGUUGUAUGUAACAGGCACCGGUAAAGUGAAAAGUGCGAGCAACCCCGAAAGACACACUGCAGAUAAAUCAUCCAGAAAAGUGACCCUGACCAUCAAGGAGUCUGUGGAGGAAGACGAGGGGAAGUAUUACUGUUUCAUGGUCAAGAACAUGGCCAUGCAAUUUGGGGACAUCACUGACCUGGACAUUGAAGGGCUCCCGACCACACCAGAGCCAACAACCAUCCCCGCCACGACACAAGAAGUAUCGACUACUACGGACAGCAAAGGAUCUACUCAAUGUCGUUCAACUGAAAGAGGUACAAGCCAAGAGAAAACAGAAGAUACAUUGAGCUGCCACUUUAUCAUCUGGGCUCCUCUGACUGGCGCUGCCGCUCUGUUGCUGAUCGCACUGACCGGUGUCUCCAUCGCUUAUUGCAGAAGACCCCGCCGGAGACGCUGUCAGCAUCAAUUUAGAAAGAGACCAAUAGCUGAAGAAGUUAGACUAUCAAACAGAUAUCUUUAACAAGUUCAUUCUGGAAAAUGUGUGCAAUUCAUCCAUGGAUCAUUGAACCUUCUGAGAGAUAAAUGAUGUGGCGUAGGAGUGACCAAAGCCUUCAGCAUGUCUUUAUAUUUUGUGCAAUGACAUUUCAAUUGCCCCUUUCAUCGUUUGGAACUUUGCUGUAGCUGACUGAAGAUAAUACAUGACGCGCACUGAGUUUUGGGAAGAAAGUGGCAACUGUUCUAAAUGUAAACUUGUCUUUCCUUAUAUCAGUGUUUGACUACAAUUCUGCCCGAGAGGAAGAAGCUGUAGUUUUACAUGGUACCUUUUUGAUAUCUUUCCCAAUUGCCUGGUCAAAAUGCGAGUGCCACUUGGAGGGUGAAAGCUGCUUUCUCUCUCUCUCUCUGUAUCCUGGUGAUCUCGCACUGCCAAGGCAGUCUGUUUCAUACCAAGGAACAGAAUGGCUGGGCAUAGGGAGUCCAGCUCUACUGUAAAGGUGGAACCUUAAUGUUCAAUUUAAACUCCUUCCAAGAUGACCGUUCCUGCUGUCAUCACAGACUCCCGAAUGAAACAGAUACCCAAUAAUCUCCCCCUCCUCCACUGCAUCCCAAAACCAGCCCAGCUUGUCCCCGCUUUCCUAAUCUGUUCUUCCUCUCACCUAUCCCCUCCUCCCACCUCAAGCCACACCUCCAUUUCCCACCUACUAACCUCAUCCUGACCCAUUAUCCUAUCCGUCCUCCCCAGACUGACCUAUCCCCUCCCUACCUCCCCAACUAUACUCUUAUCUCCACCUAUCUUCUCCUCUAUCCAUCUUCGGUCCGCCUCCCCCUCUCUCCCUAUUUAUUCCAGAACCCUCUCCCCAUCCCCCUCUCUGAAGGGUCUAGGCCCGAAACACCAGCUUUUGUGCUCCUGAGAUGCUGCUUGGCCUGCUGUAUUCAUCCAGCUUCACACUUUGUUAUCUUGGAUUCUCCAGCAUCAGCAGUUCCCAUUAUCACCAAUCCCGAGGGAGGGUUUUUUCAAUAUUACUUAUUCACAGGAUGUGGGCAUCUCUUGUCCAAAGUGCAGUUAAAAAUCAACCACAGUGAGCGCGUCUGGAAUCACAUGUAGAUAACACGGUGUGGAGCUGGAUGAACACAGCAGGCCAGACAGCAUCAGGGGAGCAGAAAAGUUGAGUUUCAGGUCGGGACCCUUCUUCAGAACUGACCUGAAAUGUUACCUUUCCUGCUCCCCUGAUGCUGCAUUCCUCCAGCUCCACACUGUGUUAUCUCUGACUCCAGUAUCUGCAAUUCUUGCCAUCUCUGAAGUCACAUGCAAGCCAGACCAGGUAAGGAUGGCAUUUUCCUUCCCUAAAAGGGACAUGAAAGAAUCAGGUAGGGGUUUUCCUGACAAUUAACAAUGGUUAUCAUUAGAGGAAUUCCAGGAAUUUUAUUGAAUUCCAAUUCCACCAUCAAUCAUUAUGGGAUGCGAACCCAGUCCCCCAGGUCAUUAGGUGAGUUAGUAGUCUAGCGAUGAUACCUCUGGACCCUUGCCAUACCCUGGGGAUUGGGAUUUCAAAAACCCCUUUUAUGGGCCAAGGUUAAGUCUUUCAGUCCUUCUGCAGACAGCCAUGUCAUUAGAGAGAAUCUUCGGAGAGAAUAUGCUACAAGGAACUGUGUAGAACAAAGAAAUUCAGUCCAAAUGAUUUAAGAUUAACCACCAAUUCUUUACAAGCAACACGCUCUCCAACAUGAAACUUCGGCAUUCUGUCCGAGCAUACGCGAAGAUGUGUGAAUUAUUUAACUACUUUUUACAUUCUUCUGUACUGGAACGUUUAACCUGAGAAAUCUUGUCUUUAUUUCCUGUAUUCCUUUCUCUCGGUGCCUGUAGAGUUUGGACUAUUUUGUUAACCUGAAGUGAACUGAAUGUAGCUUUU